AUGGGUCGUCAUCAGGGUGCUGUACUGUUAGGUUCCAUCUCUGUUGUUUUCAUUAUGAACCUUAUUGUUAAGGUGUUAAGGCGACUCGUCACUCCGUACUAUAACUGUGCUACCCGUUCCUCGUGGUCGGUGUCAGUUCCCACGCUCGCCCCUCUCACCUUACGAGACGAGAUGAGUUUCAUUAUCAUUAUUAUAUUAUCUCUUGUUGUAGUUGGUUUCGGAGACAUCGAGCGGUCUCAUCAUGACACCACAAGUGUGAGAGCGUCGGAGGAGACCGAGUCUGGUUGUUACUAUGAAGGCUCGUGGUUCACUGCGGGGGCUGCUGUGCGGACCCGUGAGGCCUGUCUGUCGUGUGUCUGUGCUCGAGGCGCUCUCUCCUGUCGCCGUCGCUCCUGUGCUGCCUCCUCGGAGCCUCCAGCACACUGCUCCGUGGUUCACCGGCGAGGAGAGUGCUGCCCUGAACUGCACUGCCCAAAUAGAACAACUUACUUAGAUGAUGCAGCUUCAUCAAGAUCUGAGGAUUCAUAUAUUGAUGUACCGUCUUCCAUCGGUCAUGCGUGUGUGGAAGGCGGCACGGUGUACGCGGCGGGGUCAGCGAUGUCCUCGAGCCUGGCCUGCGAGCAGUGUUUCUGCCUGGGAGGCAGGAGACGGUGCGUGAGGCCCCGCUGCCUGCCGCCGCCCCCCGGCUGCUCGGCCCGCCCUGCAUCAAGAGCCUGCUGCCCACAACGAUAUUACUGUCUACACGGAGAUACUAAGCCUCCCAUUGAAACUGACUCUCAUGAUUGUUUAACCCCCACUGGUACAUGGGUCCAGGAAGGCGGGCGCGUCAAGGAAUCUGAAAGUUCUGAUUGUGUCCAGUGUUUCUGUCUCCAUGGCUCCAUCCGUUGUCAGCAUCUGUCAUGUGCUCCGAUGUUACACGGCUGUAAGCCCCUGGUACAACCUGGACAAUGUUGUGCCCAUCAGUACAUGUGCGAUCAUAACAGAAAUGGAACGAAGUUAAAAAAUUUGAGUCAGGUACGACAAAAUGUACUUUUACCUGUGAAAGAGGAAUUUCGAUCGUUUCAUACUUCAAAAUCGACUAAGAGAGAAACAACUCUCAGAGCGAUGGAGUCUGUAAGUGAAAAGAGUACAGCCGCUGUGACGGUUACUAAAGAAGAACCUAUAAAAAGUACUGUAAAAGUAAAAAGAAAAAUAGAAGAAAAUCUGAGUAAUGACACGGUGGCGGAAAGAGUUGACACAACUAAAGUGAUGGAGUUAGAGACGACGCAGAAUAAUAAUGAUAUUACGUCAACUAUAACUCCUGAACCUACCACAGAGAUGACAGAAGAAUUAAUGACAGAACAACCAGAAGGAUCGGUGAGAGUUAUAAUAAACGGCACCAUCAACUGUACGGCGGAACUAUCAUCAACGUCUCUGUUCCUAAAUGUAACUAACACGAAUGACACCAUCUGGAUACAAGACGACGUGCAGCCUCGCGUACCACUCAUAGAUCAAAUAGAGAAUUUGGAUCACACGUUUCCACCUAAUGAUAUUAUAACGGAGGGGAACCACAACGCUAACUUUGACGAAGACGAAACCUACACAGUAAAUGUAACUUCAUCUCUUCACACUAACAACACUCGUUCAACACCAGCGACCCUAUCGUCCACAGCUCUCCCUAAAACGAUCCUCCCAGCGUUGAUCGGAGCUGUUAAUAUGUCUAAAACAAAAAAAGACGAAUAUGAUUACGAUUAUACGGAACCUACUCUGCCGCCGUCCUUACCGAAUUUGAAGAUCAUUCCAUUUGUAGCUGCUGACGCGGUCGUUGAUAGUGACAUGUCACCUAAAGAGAUGCCCAACUAUCCGUCUUUGACGAGAGAUGACAAAUUCCCCGUGUACUAUCCAACUAAAGACUCUAAAGAGACAGUUUAUGAAACGCACAGAGAGGAUGUUUACAAUUUAACGCAUUAUUCAAUGUUCACGCCUGGGAAGAAUGAACCUCAGUAUCCAGGAAUAGUACAGGAUGAAGAUGAUGUGAAUAUCGCUUAUCCGAGACUAACUGAUGACGUAGGGUCAGAUGUCCACGAGUAUACAGUAUCUGCAUCUUUCGGGAACCCUGGCAAAAUAAAUUCCGGUAUCGUUAGUGAACCAAGUCUAACAUCAAAAUUUGAUAUGAAGUCACCUGAUGUAAACUUAUUUUCACCUCCCGUAGAAACGGAAGGAGGUUUCGUCCCAAAAGACCCGGGGCUCAUUGAUGACUACUACACGCCGUAUCAAAGCACCUCAUCUGGCAUCAUACCUCACUUAACAACGUCCAUGCCAUUGAAUACGAAAGAUGAAUGUUUAUCAGAUGAUGGUCGACGAGUGUCAGAGGGUGAGUCCAUCAACGUUGACUGUUCUAUCUGUUCCUGUAUGUGGGGAGAACUACACUGCUCCCCGCGACCAUGUCACACGCCGCCUGGCUGUAAGAGGCAGAUGAUUGAAAAGAACACUGCUGACUCAUGCUGCGGGAAAUUAAUAUGUGAUCAAGUUGACAAGAUUCCAGAGGUUUCUAAUACAUCCACUUCAGGUUUUCAAGAGAGUUUUAACGAAACAUUUAGCUCAAUGUUUGAUGAUAAAAACAACCUAAACGUCACCCAAAAAGAAAAUCCAACAUUUGAUGACGCCUUACAUAGUGACAACAAAACAAUACACAAUGUGAUAAGAAACAACACAUUAAUAGAUAUUUUACUUGACAACACAACGAAAUCAUCCGUAAUAAGUGGUAUUCCUUUAAAUGCUACAACAACCGAAAAAGUAAAUAUGUUAUUACCGAGUAGCAGCCAGGCUUCAGACUAUGAAGAAGAAGAUGACGACGAAGGAUUCUCUCUGGGAAGUGUUUUGAAACUCUUGUUGAGUGAAACAUACGACACCACGACAUCUGCCUCUAAGAAGAAACCGACGACGACGACUACACAUGUACCAAAAGUAGUUAAAACUACAGCAGCGACCACAACAACGAGGAAACAAUCAAACAUUCCACCGUUUGUUCCUCUAACACAACACUUCCCCUACAUUCCUCCGAAACAAUCACCCCAUCGAUUCAAUACGGUCGAUAGAAUUGACCAUUUAGUGUUGGGAGAAGCGAGCGCCAUCAGAACGACCACCACACAGGCACCUGUCACUUACAAACCGGUCACUUACACCACUACCAAAAAGAUUUUCACCACCAAAACCACUCAGAGGCCGGUCGUCACAAAGUCCGUUGAAAUAAACAGCAAGGAAGGCUUCGUAAGUCAAUCGGUAGAAAAGCGGCCCACAUCUAAUCUAUUCUCAGGGUUCGGUCUUGGUUUACCGAAACUAGCCGGCUGUAACAUAUAUGGACGAAUGUACCGAGUGGGUAGGAUCAUAGCUGAGUUGUCUUCACCGUGCCAAGAAUGUAAAUGCACCGAGGUUGGAGUACAAUGCCGUUCUUUGGGUUGUUGA